ACAGAAAAAUAUUAAUAACUAUUACCUGUGACAAUUAUAGAAUGAAACCUGAAGCAAACAAACUGCAGCAAAACAGAGGAUUUAGAUGGAAGAUUGGCUUUGAUUGUGAGAUUAUCUUGUUUUUCUUACCGUCAACAAAUCCCAUGAAAAAAACAAAACCACAAUACGUUAGUUACACUGUCUGCAGCACUGUGUCCGAAGCCCAUUCGUUCCUACUGCCGGCAAAAAUCUUUAAAAAUGUGUUACAAAUAUAUAGUUUCAUUUUUAAAAAAGGCCUAGUGAUUUUCUAAAACAGCUGGGUACUGUAGGUUUUCGCAAAUGUUACUUAAACAGGAGUAAAUAGUUCAUUUGUUGGGGACUAUUUUCAGCCGUGGAUUAUUACACAUUUGGUGCUCUAGUGAAUAUUUAUAGCAUUUAUAGACUGACUCAAAAUAAACUACAGUGUGUGUUCAUGGUAAUGAAGGAACGUGUCACCCAGUGCAACGAUGUGGCUCACUGAUGUGUUUUUAAUAGUUUUUGUACAACAACUAUGUCUUUGGCCACAAACAUGAUACUUUUUACAACAGUUCAUUGUUGCUUUUGGUUUUUUCACUGGAUUUCUUGACAGUAAGAAAAAUAUCACCAGACUUAACCUUUAAAACUAAAAAUAUAUUACCACUGUUCAACAUUACAAAAAAGGCAUGGCAAGUUUAUUUGUGUAGCACCUUUCAACAACCAGGCAAUUCAAAGUGCUUUACGUGAGACAUAAAGAAAACAUAUAAAAGAAACACAAGGCAGUAUAAACAGACACAGUUAAAUAGCAGUUAAUAGGGUAGAAGAAAUAGAAGAAAGAAAUAAGACAGACUAAACAGUAGAAUAAAUAUUACAGUGCAGCUACAUUUCAGAUAUGAAUAAAUGGUCUCAAAUUUAAUUUGAUAAAAGACAGCGGCAAACAGAAAAAUCUUCAACCCUGAUUUAAAAGAACUGAGAGCUGGAGACAAAGUUUUCUGGGAGUUUGUUCCAGAAAUGUGGUGCAUAAAAACUGAACGCUGCUUCUUCGUGCUUAUUUUUGACCCUGGGAACAGAAAGCAGACCAGACGAUCUGAGAGGACUGGACGGUUCAUAGCGGAGCAGCAGAUCCGAAAUGUAUUUUGGCCCUAAACCAUUUGGACAGCGAUAUUUUAACAUCAAUUCUUUGACACACAGGAAGCCAGUGCAAAGAUCUGAGAACUGGAGUGAUGUGAUCUACUUUCUUGGUCUUAGUGGGAAAAAAGUGGAAUGAAUUUUGCAUUGUCUGUGUAGGUAAAAGCCUGUCUGACUCCACCUCCUCUGCAGCAGCGCGUUUAACUUUGGUCAUCAUGGGCCGAACACCACACAGAGAUCAAAAAGAGGAGAAGGAGAGACGAAGCAGCAUCACAGCAGGCUCUGCCCUCGACAAAUCCAAUGAACCGUUCAGCUGGGAAGACUAUCUGAGAGAAACGUCCUCCACUGCAGCGUCACCUACUUGCUUCAAACAGUCCAGAAUCCCCCCCUCCAAUGACUUUAAAGCAGGCAUGAAACUUGAGGCACGGGACCCUCGCAACUCUAACUCUGUGUGCAUUGCAACGGUGAUGGGCAUGAUGGGCACUCGUCUACGCCUGCGUCUGGAUGGUAGUGACAACACCAACGACUUCUGGAGGCUGGUCGACUCGUUAGACAUCCAACCAAUAGGAACCUGUGAGAGGAACGGAGACAUGCUGCAGCCACCGCUGGGUUUCAGGAUGAAUGCCUCCUCGUGGCCCAUGUUCCUCCUGCGGACGCUGAGUGGAGCAGAGAUGGCCCCUGCCUCUGCUUUUAAAAAGGAACCAGCCAGCCCUGCUAAAAACUACUUCCAGCCUGGUAUGAAGCUGGAGGCGGUGGACAGGAAGAACCCCUACCUGAUUUGUCCCGCCACAGUGGGAGAGGUCAGAGGUCAGGAGAUUUUCGUCAUGUUUGACGGCUGGCGAGGCGCCUUUGACUACUGGUGCCCCUUCGACUCCAGAGACAUCUUCCCUGUCGGCUGGUGUAGCCUGACAAAACACAGCUUACAGCCACCUGGAAACUUCUUUACCCUCCCUGGUGCACUCCUAGCUCCUGUUUCUUCCUCCUCAGCCUCUCUCACUACGCGUCGCUCCUCUUCCAACUCCUCCUCCUCCAUGCAGACCUCAUACCGACUGCCCAACCCCUUGCCACCCCUCCCUGUGCGCAAGGGUGUCCGAGGUCGUCGUCCCAAAUCCCAGACUAUUGCUUUGUUGAAGGCAGCGGCUGAGGCUGCGGCGGCAGCAGCAGCAGUAAAUGGAGCAUCACAGAGCCCUGCUAGAACUAGCUCUGAGGCCCAACUGGCCCCCAGACCACACAAGAAGAGAGGGCCCAAGCCUAGGAGCAAGAGGAAGCCUCGGGUGGUGCAAUCCCUUGGGGCACCAGCAGUUACAGCUCCGCCUCCAGAGACCAGACUGAACUCCAGCCACGUCUCAGCAGACAACAACCAUAGCAACGGCUCAAAUGUAGUUUGCACAGUGUGUGUCUAUGUGAACAAGCAUGGUGACUAUGGCCCACAUCUUGACCGAAAACUAGUACAGCAGCUCCCGGACCACUUUGGUCCAGCUCCAGUCAACGCUGUUCUUCAGCAGGCUGUUCAGGCCUGUGUGGACUGUACGUACCAGCCCUCUGUGCUGCUGUCGUUCCUACAGAGCCAGUCCCACACAGGAGGAGAGGUCAUCAGAGUGCGGUCAGAGCAUGGUAUCCGCUACGUGAAGCUGCCCUCCGCCUCCAGUACGUCUUCUGUGCUGCGGUUCCUGGAGAACAUGUGCCAACAUCUGGAGAGUGACAGUCUGUUCAGCUCACAGCCGUUCAGCUCCUACAGCAACAACACACGCUUCUAUAACAGGACCAAGUCAGAACCACUGUCCCACACUGAGAACGGCCUGUCCAAUGACGAUUCCACAAAGGAUCCUGCUACCAACACCCGCUCCCUUCACAACAUAUCAGACUACAGAGCAACAAAGAAGGAGCGGCAAUAUUACCCUGGACAGACAAGCACACCGCCACCCCUACGACGCGUCAGCUCCAACCCGACCGAACUUGGCCCAAUGUGUGCACACAGACGAGUGGAGGCAGCUAGCUCAACAACAGGCCCAGACCAUGUGAAACAGGACAAGGAGGGUUCAGGAAACGACGCUUCAUCCUGGUCAGUUGAUGAUGUCAUACGGUUUGUCCAAGAGGCUGAUCCCCAAACUCUCGGCCCGCACGUCGAGCUGUUCAGGAAACAUGAGAUUGAUGGCAAAGCUCUGAUGCUGCUGCGCAGUGAUGUCAUUAUGAAGUACAUGGGACUGAAGCUGGGCCCGGCCCUCAAACUUUGUCAUCACAUCGAGAAGCUGAAACAGACCAAACAAUAGAGGAUGAAGGCACUCUCUUUUCUCACUGGCAACCAAACUUACACACAAACACGUAUUAUUCUACAGGGAUGUAGUGCAGUGUAAAUCCACCUGAACCAGGGUCGUGGCUACCAUUGAGGACACUGAGGUCAAGUCCUCUGUAUGUUUUUUUUUGGUGUGUGAAUUUGGGGGUUUUAGCAACCUGCAGGGAGUUUACAAAUAAAAACAUACACAUGAUGGUUAUUUUAUGAACUGAUUCCAUUAUUUUUGGAAUCAAGCUGUUUAAAUUUCACUACUUUUUGGCCAAGAAAUAAAUAAAUCAAUAGAAAUUUAUUCUGGGAAGGUUUUGAAACAGCGCUUAGGCCGUAAUGCUAGGAAAUAAAAGUAACAGAAAUUAUAAUUGAACAGUUAACCGAAUAAAUAAAAUGUAAAAAAGAAAUCCAUGUAGUUAAAAACAUUUGAGAUAUUUUUUGUUUCUGGUCAAAUUUUUUGAGGAUAGUUGAGUGUGCAUCAAGGGACUUACGACUAAAAUCAUGGCUAUGGCCCUGAUCUGAACAAAUUGAUUUUUUUUUUUAAUUUACAGACCAGUUUACUUUCACAUUAAAACAGAUAUGCAGUACAUUAAUUCAGCAUUUGCAUAAGUGUAAUUAGUAUCAGAUAUCUGAGCGUAGGCAUGAUUUGUGUUCAUGUUAGUGUCUUUUUGCCUUAUUGUGAACAACUGGAGGCCAUAACUUAUAAAAUCCCACACACACACACACACACAUACACAUAUACAUACAUACAUACAUACAUACAUACAUACAUACACUGUAGGUUUUCCAGCUCUUUAUCUCUUCAGAUAUCCAGCUGUUAAAAUAUUUUUUCCCUGGUCAGAAUUUCAGGAUGGAUGCUCUGCACUCAAGAUUGGGAAAGUUAGUUCAGGUACUGGCAGUGAACGUCUCGCUGCAUCAUUUCUAACAAUGCAAUAAAGUUUCUGAAUGACUGCAUCUGUUACACACUGUCAAAUUUAGUUUAUGCAAACCAGUGAAUGUAUGAAGUCAAGAGCAUUAUUACUAACAGAUACUAAACAACAGGAGUGCCCCAGUUACGUGAUUGCGAGGUGCUGAAGGGUUUCACUCCAAAGUGUUGGAGAAGUCGUCUUUGUUCCCUGAAGUCGGUCAAUACAUAAAUGAUUCCUGUCCUCAAACACUUGAGUAUUUUUUGACAAAGAUCUUAAAAUAAGUUUGGCAGACUUUUAUUUAAAUAAUGGGUAUUUUGGAAGAAAACCUUUCAUCACUUUCUGCAGUGCAGGCUGUAGAUUUAGAAAAUCAGUUACUGAAGAGUUAUUUCUCUUUUAUUUGUGUCUGUUUCAUGUGCUGGAAGACAUUCAAACUGAACGGUUUCAGCUUGAGCACUGACAUGGCUACAAGAUUGUACUAUGCUUUGACAGUCACACUAUCAAACACACACACACACACACACACACACGAGAGAUAUACACAAACAAUGACUGGAAUACUGUAAGUGUUGACAUUAAAAUAAAGACAAGGCCAUUAACUGUCUAGUUUGAGUGCUGUUCAGAACGUUAAAGUACUCCUGAGGGAGAACAUGAUGGAGAAACUGUUUUGUAUAAAGUCAAGCCAAAAGGUUGUUUUUUGAUAUAAAUUUGUACUGUAACAAAGUGUAUCAACCUGUAUCAAGCGUAAGUGUAAUCAAAUUUCUUUCUGCCUGAAAUAGUUUUAGUGUGCACCAUCAAAUAACUACCUACAGGACGAUGUUGUGUCUGAGUAAUUAUUCACAUGUCUCAAAGUAUUUAUCUGUUUUUGGUGGCAGAAAUACUAAUUUUCUGAACAUUUCAGAACCAUUUUCAAACCAAAUCAUGUGUGUUGUAGCUGCAUUUCACACUGUUGCUCUCCUGUAGUGGUAACAAGUUGACACUUGAAACCGUCUUGCUUUAAUGUGAAACUCAGGUUUUAGUAUGGGUUGUUUCUUAGAAGAUGUUUUACAUCAUUAGCAUUUUGUGUUCAUUACUACAACAUAGAGGAAGUGCACAAUAACCAACUAUGUAUAUUUUUUAUGCCUUGUCAUCUAUCGCUCCGCAGCAUUUCAUGUGUAUAUAUGACUUUUUACUGUAAGUUCAACAAAAGAUGUUUGUUAAAUAUGUUUGAUAUGCAUUCACACAAUUAAACAUUUGUUUACAUCA